AUGUUCGACUCUGCUAUAAUAAUUUGCGUGAUAAUGGACCUUUCUCUGAACCAGCGAGAUACUGACGGUGGAACCAGCAGCGCUUCAGAUGAAGUCGAAAUGUAUAUUGUUGUUCCUCUGCAAGAAUGUCCUCAUUUGUCUCAGGUCUACCGUUUGUUUACCAGUUACGAAUUUUGUGAAGCUCACGAGGGAUUCAUUUCUUCAGUUAACGAUGUGCCUGAAUCUGGUGUGAAUGCUUUUGCAAUGUGUUCUAUCUGUCAUACCGAUCAGGAAGUUUGGGUGUGCUUGACUUGUUACCAGGCUAAUUGCGGUAGAUAUGUUUCGGGUCACGCAUCUGCACAUUGGUCAGAAACGGAGCAUCCAAUGGUAAUGAGUCUAGCCGACUUGUCCGUUUGGUGUUAUAGCUGUGGGGCAUACGUGCAUAAUGAGAGGCUUUCAAAUGCGAAAAACAGCGCUCACUUGUCGAAGUUCGGCUCAGCAAUACCGGGCUGA